AUGCUUGGACUAAGGCAUGUUUCGCGAUCGUUAGAGAGUGUCGUGAUUGGAUUUGAACAAGUGGGACGAUCUGAAUGGCACUUCGUCAAGUACAAACGCUCGGGGCUGAGGUUCUUCACUAUUCUGAGUAAAGGAGCAAAAGUUGUCUGGACGCCAAAGAAGCCGAUAAAAUCCCGCGCAGACCUGCCUAGAUCGAUUCGACAGAUCAUCGCUCGAUAUGUAGCACUUGGGCCCGAAGGCAUCGUCGUGGAUCUGACUGCGCAAGCUACCCACGGACUUGAUCUCACCCUUCUCAGUCUGGUUCCCUGCUCGGUGAAGUCUCUCAUCCGACCAGGGUAUUCGUUGACCCUCUCAAUGACCAGUCAGGAAGCCGAGACGAGUUUCAAGAGAUUUAGCGCACUCGACGCCCUGCUCUGGCCGGAGGCCAUCAACAACACAACUAUCAGCUACAUCGCCAGGGGCGAAUUUGGGCUUACCAGCGGCCAGAGCAUCGACCUCAACUUCAUCCUGGAUGACGACAAAGGUCUCGAGGAUGUUAAGAUCAACAUGAGAGGUCUCGUGCGCUUCCUGAGCAGCGUGUCCAUACUCAAAGCCAACAUGUGGUCGACCAUCAAGAUCAUCAUAAAAGACAAAGACGGACGUCAGAGAGCAUGCUCAGAAGCACCAAUAGAGAAGCUAAGACGAGCCGUCUUCCUCUUCUUCACCGACCUCCUCCGAGACAGCAUCUACGCUCGUGAGCGCCAACAUUACACACCCAACAUACGCAUCAACGGCUUCGGCGCCAUCCUCAAAUGCAUUGAGAGACCGCACGAGUUUCGUUGCACAAGAGCAACCAAAUGGAAGUCCGACGUGAGCAGCAAUGCUGUCCCUGGCUUUUCGGGAGGCCAGAAGUUGAAACUUGCUUCGGUGGCUGAUGUCAUUCGGCGGCGCGCAGAGCUCAUGGACUUUGCAUGUCCGAUAGAUAGGCGCGACGAGUGUUUGAUACAUGCUUGGGACGAUUUGAGGCGGUGUGUAGAGGUCGGAUGGGGCAGUCUUGAUGAUGCGCUAAAGAAGAUGAGGCGUUGA